AGGGUUCCCUGAACACAAACGCGACCUCUGCAACAUGACUGAUCACAGACUCAACUCACGCGCUCCGGGUGAAAGGAGAGUUUGUGGAUGAGAAGAGCCGGACUGUCAGCAGGACACAGAUCAGCGUUGAGAGAAAGGAAUGGGGACACGGAAAGUUUUGGUGACAGGAUGCUCCUCUGGAAUUGGUUUGGCGGUGGCUGUCCGUCUCGCAAAAGAUAGGCGCUUCAAAGUUGUGGCCACCAUGAGGGACCUGGAUAAGAGAGCGGCUCUGGAGACAGCAGCCGGAGUGACACUGAACAGAUCCCUGGAGAUCCGACAGCUGGAUGCCACCUGUGAGGACUCCAUCAGAGAGUGUGUCAACGGCUUGUCAGAUCGACGAGUGGAUGUGUUAGUGAAUAAUGCCGGUGUGGGCAUGAUCGGUCCUUUGGAGUGCCAGAGUGUAAGUGCUAUGCAGGAACUCUUCAACACUAACUUCUUUGGCCUGGUGAGACUGGUGAAGGAAUUGCUGCCUGAUAUGAAGCGACAUCAGAGUGGACACAUCGUAGUGAUGAGCAGCGUCCUGGGAAUCCAAGGACUACUUUUCAAUGAUAUAUAUGCUGCCUCCAAAUUUGCUGUUGAAGGUUUUUGUGAGAGUGUUGCUGUGCAAGCUAUGAAGUUCAAUGUCAAGAUGACUUUAGUGGAGCCAGGCCCAGUUGUAACUGAGUUUGAGAAGAAAGUGUAUGAGGAGGCAGAGAAGAUGGACCUGUCAGAGGCUGAUGAAGAGACAGCUCAAAUCUUCCGUCAGAUCUACCUGCCAUACUCGCGCGCAGUUUUUCAUUCGAUCGGGCAGACACCUAAAGAGGUGGCAGAGCAAACUUUCCAGCUGAUUGUGUCCAAGAAUCCUCCAUUUCGUCAUCAGACCAACCGUCUGUACAUGCCACUGACUGCCAUGAAGCACGCUGACCCCACAGGGCGACUACCCAUAGACGCGUUCUAUAAAAUGAUCUUCCAGCAUGACCGCGUGUUCAAUGCUAGUCUGAGUAUUAUGCGCUUCCUACACAGGAGAAUGGGUCAAGGUGUUGCCUAAAGAUCCCUGAGGAGAGAGGAUUCUGAUCCACUUUACAGCUGUAGCAUUUUAGUAACAAAAAAACGGCCAGUUCUGAUAGGUCUCGGGAAUUUUGCUCAAUGCAAAAUCAUAAAAUGCAACAAGCCAUAGUUAGCAUAGCAAUCAUUUUUGAGGCUGUGAUUGGUCGCCACUUGAUGUCCACUGUAAAAUCUGGAUCUUGCAGCGUUGUUCUAACUUUAACCUCAAGACAAAAGUGAUAACAAUGAUCAAACACAUAAUGUUUAGUUAGAAAAUG